UGAAUCAGAAGUUACUUACAAAAUUCUAUCUUAGUUGUCUAAGAAUGUGACUUUAUUUGUUCUCUUUUUUUAUAUUCUGACAAAAAUUCUAAACAAAAAUCAUAAAAACAAACACUUUUUGAUUAAAUUAGUUUAAUCGACUUCCAUGUGUGAGUGGAGUGCAGAAUGCAAUUACCAAAUGCAUUGGCGAGAAUUCUUCAGCUUUGUAGGAGAAUGGGUUUAGUAAUCCCAGUGAAAAAGAGGCGGAGGACAAAUCCAAAUGCACUCGGCAGCUGCACAUCUGUCGGUCGCAGGAUGUGGAAGAGGAAGCACUCGCAGGACUCGCAGUGCUGAGUUUAAAGAACCAAAGAGAGAGAGAGAGAGAAAAAAGGGAGAGAGAGCGGCUUCUGUCAGUCGUUGAUUCCCCCGAAAGGACCUUCGGUGGUUCGUGUUUCCUUCGUGAGUGCGUUCCAUUUCCAUUCCAUUCCGCACGAGUCCUUCGGCUGCUAAUAAUCGCCAGUUGUUGUUUAGGCAGCGUGCGAUUCGGUCGCCGGGUUACUUUGGUUUUAUUCCUCUACCAAAAAAUAGGCGCCAAAACCAAUCAAUUGGCAAAUACCACAAGAAACUCAACAAGCACCAAAGUGCUUGCCAAAAUAAAUAUUAUAAAAUAUAUAUAUCCAUAUAUUUUGUUUGCCCUUUAGAAGGUAAAGCAGAUACUCAGUGCCGCGAUCGGUGAGCAAAACGGAACACAUAAUACAAAUCGAUCGAGAACCAGAACGGGAAGAGCCGGCUGUCGGCUUCAGUCUUCCCCUCCUCCGAUUCUCUCCACUUUUCCGUACACCCCUUGUUUUCUGGUAUCGCGUGUGCUACAAUUAUACGAACUACGGACUAAGAGCUACAAGAACGCAUGCCACAAACUGUCGCCAGGUGUGCGAUUCAGUCUGAGUGCCUUGGACUCGGCCGAUUCCUCAGGGUUCUUGGUUUGGCAACCCAUCGGUUUUUGUUUUGCUGCAUUCGUUCGCAUUACAAACAAAUUUCACAACAGCUGUCACUUUCGAAUUGCCAAAUUUCCCUUCAUGGGAUCAUUGAUAUCGAGUAGUUGAGUGAAAAACAGUGUAAAACUAAGAGUCUCUUCAUAAAACUACAAAAACAGACGCAAAAAUGUCGGCCGUAAGCAGUCGCAAUCAAAAAAUGGAACAACAGCGCCAGCUGAUGGAGGCCUACAUCCGACAGAAGAGAGCCUCGCCGGGAAUGGUCCAGGCCAGUGACCUCCAGAUCAAUCGUCCGAUGUCCGGGAUGCGCAGCAACAGCAGGGAGCUGCACGCCUACGAUGGUCCGAUGCAGUUCAUCAGCUCCCCUCAGAAUCCCGACCAGAUACUCACCAACGGCAGUCCCGGCGGAAUCACUCCCGUUGCCAUGAACACCAGUCGCAACCACUCGAACAACAUGCGCAGCCUGAGCACCAUCAACCAGGAGGCUGAUCUCAUAGAGGAGAUCUCGUCGCACGAGUUGGAGGACGACGAGAGCAGUCCGGUGACGGUGAUCGAGCAGCACCAGCCAGCCAGCCACAGCGCCAAUUCGACGCACUCGCAGAAGCCGCAUGCCCGCCAGCACUCCUUCAGCGACAACCUGGACGAGGACGACUACACCAAUCGCAAUGUGGCGGGGGCGGCUCCUGUGCGUCCUGCCGGAAUGGCCUCGUCGCCGUACAAGGAUGCAACGCUGGACGGAAGCAGCAAUGGAACGGGGAACGGAGCUGGCGGGGAGUCCGAGGGCGAUGUCAUCGGGAACAUCGACCAGUUCGUGAUGCAACCUGCGCCGCAGGGGGUCCUCUACAAGUGCCGCAUCACCCGGGACCGGAAAGGCAUGGACCGGGGUCUCUUUCCCAUUUACUAUUUGCACCUGGAAAGGGACUACGGCAAAAAGAUAUUCCUGCUGGGAGGUCGCAAGCGCAAGAAGAGCAAGACAUCCAACUACAUAGUGAGCUGCGAUCCCACGGAUCUGUCCCGCAACGCCGAUGGCUUCUGUGGCAAGCUCCGCUCCAAUGUCUUUGGCACAUCCUUCACGGUCUUUGACAAUGGCAACAAGGAGAGCACGGAGAGUCCUAGACUUGACCUGGCUGUAAUUAUUUACGACACCAACAUCCUGGGCUUCAAGGGUCCCCGCAACAUGACUGUUAUACUGCCGGGCAUGACUGAGGACGAUCAGCGUGUCAAGAUCAGUUCAGCGGAUCCCAAGCAGCAGGGCAUCCUCGACCUGUGGAAGAUGAAGAACAUGGAUAAUAUUGUGGAGCUGCACAACAAGACGCCGGUGUGGAAUGACGAAACCCAAUCGUAUGUGCUCAACUUCCAUGGCCGCGUCACCCAGGCUUCGGUGAAGAACUUUCAGCUGGUCCACGACUCCGACCCCGAGUACAUAGUGAUGCAAUUUGGUCGCACCUCGGAGGACGUCUUCACCAUGGACUACCGCUAUCCACUGUGCGCGAUGCAGGCGUUUGCCAUAGCCCUCAGCAGCUUUGAUGGGAAAAUAGCCUGCGAAUAAGCUGUCGUGGAUCCCCGGGUUAACCCGCUGCCUUAUGUACAGCUAACUGGAGGGUGGAGUAUGUCCCCACUCCAAAAUAUUGUUGAAAAUAGUCUCGCAAAUCUAGUCACUGGAAGAACCCCUCAUCACCUAAAGGCGGGAUCGGUAGGAUAUCGUUGAUAGAAGUCAACGUAGUAGCCAUCAAUGCGUGACAUUUAUUCAGAAUGUGCUCACCGAUUUUAUAAGAAAUUAUUUAGGACGGGUCCUGUAACUCUGUAAAUCUUAAUGUGCCCCUCUAACUAUUAAGUUCUCUUGUAAGCGAAUCGAGUAAAGAGUCAUUAAAAUAUCAAUUUUAUAAUCCGCA